GAUGGCACUCGAGACUGAGAUCGCACUGGAGCUCAAGACGGAAGGCAGCCAGGAGCCCGAGGAGGCCCUGGCGUGGGAGGCCGCGCUCUUCCCGAGGGGCCGCCCGCAGGCGUCCAAGGUCGCGACAGGAAAGGAGGCAGCGGCGUUGGCGGAGAGGGACGAGGAAGGAGAGGCGUGGGGGAUCUCGUAUCCGACGGGCUUCAAGCUUGAGGCGAGGCAGAGGAGCCGGGCGAUCAGAGGGACGGGGAAGGAGGGGAUGCUGUUGAGGUCGAUCGAGGAGGCGAUGAGGAGGCAGUCGCUGAGGAGCGGCCGGGGGGCUCAAGAGUGAAGGAGGAAGGGGGAGAAGAAGAAUGGGGAGGGGGAGAUGUAAGACUGAUGUAGAUAUAGAGAUGUAAAUAAAUGGUCACUGGACCCGCU